AUGAGUUCCAUUAAAUCAUUAUGUUACUUGAAUCAAAAAAAAUUGUCUUCUUCCUCUCAUUGUUCCUUCGUCGUUUCAGUGGCACUUUUGUUACAAUUUCUCGUAUCCCCUGCAACCUCCACACAAUACAUCGGCAAAUUAUGCCAGAUGCCAUUUAUUGACAACAAACCCUUCUGUUUGCAAACGUUGAGUGCCUAUCCUCCGGCGCCUUCCGCCACAGGCUUGCUUCCACUUGCGUCAGCCGUGAUCCGCGGCAUUGUCCUACCCCAAGCCCAUAAGUCGGCUAGUUUUGCAGAAAGAGCCGCAAAAAGGGAGCCGAGUUUAAAGACUCAGUUCAAGACGUGCCAAGAUGCCUAUGUAACUAUUGGAAAAUCUCUCAUGAGCGCUGCUGGAGAACUCAAGGACACUUCAGAAACCGCAAACUAUGAUGUUACGACUUGUACCGACCAAACUACCCAAGUGAUUAAUUUGAUUGGUAGAAACCAAGACAUGGCUUCCAAGAAUCUCAUAGAGAUGACAGUGCAAAUGAACAAGCUCCUUCGUCUCGGUGUUGCAGCCACAGAAGUUCUUGGCGGGUGA